ACAACUACUACUACUAUCACUCGGUUUUGUGGGGCACAGUGCCCCCGUGUGUUUAGCCGCUGAAUGAGCCUUCACCGGAUUGGCAGAACGGUUGUCAGGAGUGUUUACAAGAAACAUGGCUUCACUGUCUGUUGGAGAGCUUCAAGAAAUGGAAGUGGACCGGAGGGGUGAGUCUGAGGAGUCUGGUGAUGAUGAGACCAGAAGGAGGAGUAUCAAUGGUGAUGUGGACCCCAACCAGCCCACUACUACAAGUAAAGAAGAGUCUCCUGUUGACAUGGACACCAUCACAUUGGACCCAGAGGAAGAGGAUGUUGAUCUUGUUCAUUGUCGUAUUGGGAAGAUUGAGGGAUUGGAGGUGCUACUAAAGGCUCAAACUCUCUCCUUACGACAAAACCUCAUCAAAAAGAUAGAAAACCUUGACAGUUUGAGCUCACUGCGGGAACUAGAUCUUUAUGACAAUCAGGUCCGCAAACUGGAAAACCUGCACAACCUCAAGGAGUUGGAGCAGCUUGAUGUGUCCUUCAACGUUCUGAGGAAGGUGGAGGGUUUGGAGCAGUUGACACGUCUGAAGAAACUUUUUCUGCUUCAUAACAAAAUUAGCAGCAUAGCCAACUUGGAACACUUGACAGUCCUGGAGAUGCUGGAGCUGGGCUCCAAUCGAAUUCGGAUCAUUGAGAACCUGGAUACACUCUCGUCGUUGCAAAGUUUGUUUCUCGGCACCAAUAAAAUAACUUCACUUCAGAAUCUGGAUGGUUUACACAACCUGACUGUUUUAAGUAUUCAGAGUAAUCGGAUCACUAAAAUUGAGGGUUUACAGAACCUUGUCAACCUGAAAGAGCUCUACCUGAGCCACAACGGCAUCGAGGUCAUUGAGGGCUUGGAAAACAACAAAAAGCUGACAACCCUGGACAUUGCAGCCAAUCGAAUAAAGAAAAUUGAAAACAUCAUCCAUCUGACAGAGCUGCAGGAGUUCUGGAUGAACGAUAAUCAAAUCGAUAACUGGUCAGAUCUCGAUGAGCUCAAGAACGCAAAGUCUCUGGAGACGGUCUAUCUCGAAAGAAACCCUCUACAGAAGGACCCACAGUACCGGCGAAAGAUCAUGUUGGCGCUUCCCAGUGUACGCCAGAUUGAUGCUACCUUCAUUCGCUUUUAAACUGCACUGUACAACUCACCUGCCAACCUCAGUGUUCACCCUCACCUCCCUGCCUCCCUCAUUGGCCUCACUGAAUCAUAAAUUAUCUCGCAUCCAACAAUAAACACACUUGUUGAGGCUUACUCGACAUACAUGGCGUGCAUGUAUGCGCUCAUUCACACCUUGUAUGGAAGUUAACUUAUUUAUUAAGUUGGAUUUGAACUGUUAAACUAGCUGCAGCCAAUUUCCUAAUUUUCCCUCUGCACUUGUUUUUGAUUUGUUAUUUCCGACCAAAGGCAUUUCCCUUCAUAUAGUGCCCUUUAGCAAAAUAGGAAGUCAGGAAAACAAAUGAUUUGAAUUUUCAGAAUACUGUUUGUCUCAUUUAAAUAAACAUGUUCCACAUCUGAUUCAAUUAUAAAACCUGGCUGUCACCAAACAUCUAAAAUUAAGUCUCAGAUGCAGUACUGACACUGUGCAGUUUAAAGUUAAGAGACACUUGCAUACAUUUUUCUUUUUAUAAGGAAAGUUUAUCAGGAGAAACGGAUAAAUCAUUCUAAUAAACUGGUAUGGGCGUAUUUUGACUGCUAUUCCUUCUACGUAGACUGCCCUUUUUUUCCAAUUACCAUCAGUGACCUGUGCAGUAAAAUAAAGCUCCUGAGAAUGUAAAAUAAUUUAAUGUGUAUCACAAAGAUAUUUUCAUAGUUGCAACAUCCCACCCCCUUUUUCCUCCCUUGAGAGUUGUAUUAUGUAGUAGUUAGUUGCCAAGUAUGUUUCCCAAACAAACAGUACUAGGGUUGAUAGGUGGCUGGGUCAUGGGUUGGGAAGAACCCAUAAAGUGGUGAACGUGGUCAUUUUAUUUUAUUGCUUUUCUUAGCACUGUGAGAAUCAGGCAUUUCACAUCCUUGGUUCUCUUUUGGCAAUCUUUGUAACAGGGUAAAUAUGCAUUGUGUUUGCAUUCACUAUGGGGGACAGAAAUGGACCCACGUACAAAUAAUCUACUACAAUAUUCUACAAUAUACUGUUGGCUGAGACAUUAAAAAGGAAAAUGUUGAUGUUUAUUGAUUGGCCAUUUUGCUGUCUUCAACAAAUAGUGAAUGGUCUCUUGUGUAUAUAUAGCUUACGGCUUGAUUUAUUCCCUUACAAAUUAAAGUAGUCUUUUACUUGAUACUAAUUUCCCGUCUCAGGGUGCAAAGGACACGUGCAUGAUAACAUAAGCCUCCAAUUUCAGCACUCCACUGGGUUUUAAAUUUUAAGUGCUAGACUGAGUGCUUUCUAUAUAAGAUAUUGAUAUUGAGUUUUGUUCAUCAUAUGUAGGCUUGUCAUGGGCCUACUAAAUUGAGUUAACGCUGAAGCUCUUUUUAGCAACUCUUUUUCAAAGGAAUUGCAAUUGCAAACUGAACUCACUUGGUCAUUAAACUUGACCAUAAUUUAACAGUAGAACAUUUAUGAGCCCAUAUCAGACAAUUUGUGAAACUGAAGGAUUUUACUGAUAUUGUUUUUUUUUCUUUUCUACUUAGGUUUAUAAUUUAAUUUUUUUUAACUUUAUAUUUGGCCAGUGGUGACUGGAACUUUAACUUAAUGUACUUGUAAAUAUAGUUUGGUUAUUUCAUGUAGGAAGUCAUCACCUUUGUAAAGUAUUAUCCCUUUUUCCCUGUUUAUGUACAGCAACACAACAGAUCUAUGUUCUAUACUGUCAUUCACAUAAAGUGACCUUUAUUGGUCAUUGAAUGAGCAGCUUAUUCCAACUGCUUUUAGCCCUUUGUUGUUAGAACUGACUCUGGGUCAAGUUUUGGACUUGGUUAAUGCUGUUUUCAAAAUGAAUGUAUUAUGCAAACAAUAAAAUUACAAUACCGAA